GCUUUGGUAUUCUAAGCCUUCUUCUCUCACUCCAACAAAUGAAAAAAAGGAAAAAUCAUUGACUGACUGACAACCCCAUAUGAUUCCAUUCCAUCCCCAAAUCAUAUAAAUAAAACCCUUACCUGAUAUGCAUAUGACAUGACCUAUUCCGGCCGGCCAACUACCAUUUUGUUCGGAAAAAUAUAACCUUUCACGGUGGAACUAAUCAAUUCUUCAAUGGCUUCUUGAUUUUACUAUCACAAUCAACCGUCGAUCCACACUCCUUCCAUCGUUAGAACCCUAAUUUAUCACCCAUACACAUACCCAACCUAAUAACUUCGCCAUUAAUAAACCCACUACCGGUGAUGACGACCAUAGAAGGGCAAGAUAGAGUCUUAGCAACGGCUCAACAAAUCGUCAAGAGCCUAAACAUCAAUACCAAAGCAACCGAGGAUAUGAUCUUGAUUCUCUCCAGUUUUGAUAAUCGGUUGUCUAACAUCACCGAUUUGAUGGAGGGAGGUACCGGUGAUCGGUUUAUGUCCGCAGAGAAGAUUAUCCUCCGGCAUGAUUCAGGUCUCGGUGAACCUUCGUCCAGGAGCUCUUCGCCAUGGGAAGAGUCGUCUACAGAAGCUGCUGAGUAUUUGGAAGCUGUUGACACGAUUAUCCAGUUAACGGAAGACCUCAAUAUCCAGUCCGAUGCCGACAGCGAGAUCAUGGAUCGAGCUGAAAACGCGCUCCAGUUAGCUAUGUCGAGGCUGGAAGAUGAGUUUCUUCAUAUUUUGAUCCGUAACACAGUCCCUCUUGACAUAGAUCGACUCUAUGGAUCGAUCCGCAAGGGUUCAUUCUCGUUUCCGUCAAACGGGAUUGAAAUUGGGGACGAUUUUGAAAGCUACAGAGAAGAUGAAGAUGGUGGGAGCGGAAGUGGGUAUCAUCACGAAAGAGGCCCGAGCUUAGGUGGUGAUGUUUUCGUCGAUUUGAUCCAUCCUGAAGCAAUCAAGGAGCUGAAAGCCAUCGCCGAUCGGAUGAUUAGGUCCGGCUAUGAAAAAGAGUGUUGUCAGGUUUACAGUAACGUCCGGCGUGAUGUCUUAAACGAGUGUUUAUCCAUUCUAGGAGUUGAAAGGCUUAGUAUCGAAGAAGUACAGAAGAUUGAAUGGAAAAUUUUGGAUGAGAAAAUGAAGAAAUGGAUUCAAGCGAUUAAAAUCGUGGUCAAGGUUCUUCUUUUUGGGGAAAAACGAUUAUGCGAACAAGUUUUCAGCGAAUCCGAACUUAUCAAAGAAAUUAGUUUCGUUGAAACAACAAAAGGAUGUGUGAUGCAGCUGUUGAAUUUUGGGGAAGCAGUUGCAAUUGGGCAAAGAUCUUCAGAAAAACUCUUUCGAAUUCUCGACAUGUAUGACGCAGUUGCAGAUGUUUUCCCUGAUUUCGAAUUUCUUUUCACUUAUGAAUCUGGAGAAUUAGUCUGCAACGAGGUGAAGGUGGUUCUAACCGGAUUAGGUGAAGCAGCCAUUGGAACAUUCAUCGAGUUCGAGAACGCUGUAAAGGGUGAAAACUCCAAAAGAGCUUUACUGGGUGGCGAGAUUCAUCCAGUUACACGUUAUGUCAUGAAUUACAUCAAGUUACUGGUGGAUUAUAGCGAUUCUCUGAACACCCUUUUACCCAACACUCAAGAACAUGAUCCGAUUUCAAAAGAACUUGAUGACAUCGACAGCGGUGAUACUCUCUCCCCUAUUUCUUGCCGAUUACUAUCUCUAAUCACAACUUUAGAAGCAAAUCUUGAUGAAAAAUCAAAAUUAUACGAUGAUAUCGCACUUGGAUACAUAUUCUUGAUGAACAACAUCCUUUACAUCGUUCAAAAAGUAAAAAACUCAGAGCUUCGAAACCUUCUUGGGGACAGAUGGAUUCGGAAACAUCGAGGGCAGAUUCGUCAAUGGCACACAAGCUAUCUGAGAGCAGCAUGGGGGAAGGCGUUGUUGUGUUUGAAAGACGAAGGAGGGAUUGGUGGGGGAUCAAGUAGUGCAUCGAAGUUGAUUUUAAAAGAGAAAUUCAAGAACUUUAACGCGUGUUUUGAAGAUAUUUACAGGGUUCAAUCACUUUGGAAAGUUCCAGAUGAUCAAUUACGUGAAGAGCUUCGAAUAUCAAUAUCUGAGAAAGUUCUUCCUGCAUAUCGUGCGUUUGUGGGGAGACAUGGUAGUCAAUUAGAGAGUGGAAGACAUGCAGGGAAAUACGUGAAAUAUAGUCCUGAUGAUUUGGAGAAUCAUUUGUUGGAUUUGUUUGAAGGGAGGCCUACUGUUUUGAACAACAUAAAAAGAAAAGGUACAUAAAGACUGUUGUUAACAGGUAUGUAUGUUACUUUUUACUGCUGCUUCUGGUUAUAUCUUUUGAAUCCAGGAUGAUGAUGAAUUGAUGAUGAUGAUUUGGUGUUAGUUUUUGUUGUUGGUAUUAUAGGGUUUGGGCUGAAGGUAGUUAUUUAUAUAUAUAGCCCACACCUUGAUAUACUGUAAUAAUUUUGUACAUGUAUUAUUAUGUUAGAUUGUUCUCCUCUAUAUGUAUAACUUAUGUAUACAUUCUCAUGAAUACAUCAGGUGUUGCACUAAAAUCAUGUUAUGAGUUAUUGGAUUUGGUUUUGGUUUUUUAAAUGCAAAGUGAAAGCUUGUUCA